AUGGGGCCAAAUAGAGAAUGGAUGUACACAAUGAGAGUCGAUAGUAAUCAGAUUUUUAAUCCAGAAUUUCAAUUCUAUGUCAAGCAAUUCUUGGAUUAUGCAUUUACCAAUGUCACAGUCGUCAAAUAUAGAACUCUAAGAAACGGGUUAGUAGUUUCCGAAAUUAGAUGCCCGUGUUCAGUUUGCAAAAAUCGGAAUUAUAAGUCGAGACAGAUGGUUGAAUUUGAUAUAUGUCAAAAUGGUUUCAUGCCCAACUAUUAUCAAUGGUCUGCACAUGGUGAGUUAUAUCCAACACAAGACAUGGGUCAAUGUUCAAACGCCGGACCGUCUCAAGAUGUGGGUCAAGAGGACUCUGCUGAUGUUGGUGUAUAUACAGGAUACCAAGAAAUGUUUACAGAAAGCAUGCACCAAAUUCAUGCUCCUUAUUACCAGCAAACACCACAAAGCCCUAAUCAAAUGGCCGAUACUUUCUUUACCAAGAUGAGAGAAUUCAAUGAGCCUUUGUGGGAAGGGUGUAAGAAAGCUACUUCACUAUCCGCCACCUCAAGAUUGUUACAUUGGAAAUCAGAGUGCAAUGUUUCAGACUUAACAUUUGAUAAACUACUUCCAAUAUUGAAAGAUUGUGUACCAGAUGAUGCAAAGAUACCUAGAAACUUCUAUGAGACUAAGAAAAAGUUGAAGUCAUUAGAGAUGCCGUCACAACGGAUUCAUGUUUGCAUCAACCAUUGCAUACUAUUUAAUGGCCAACAUUCUGAUUUGGAUCAUUGUGUAGUAUGUAAGGAAAGUAGAUACAAGAAGAAUUCUAACAAGGUGCCUAAUUUGGUCAUGACUUACAUGCCGAUUGGACCAAGACUUCAAAGAUUGUUCUAUUCAAAGAAGAUAGCCCGCAAUUUGACUUGGCACUCAGAUCAUCCAAUAAAUCAUGAAAAAAUGACACAUCCUAGUGAAGGAAAGGCUUGGAUUCACUUUGACACAAUGUUUCCUGCUUUUGCACAAGAGACACGCAAUAUUCGUCUAGGUUUGUGUACCGAUGGGUUUUGUCCAAAUAGUUCAUAUGGAAGCGCGUAUUCAUGUUGGCCGGUUUUUAUUACGGUUUACAACCUACCUCCUUGGUUAUCUUUCAAACAUGAGUACAUGCAAAUUCCUUUGCUCAUUCCUGGGAAGAAGAAUCCCGGGCAAAAUAUAGAUGUUUUUCUACAACCUUUAGUAGACGAGCUAAAAAUGUUGUUCACUGAUGGCAUCGAAACUUAUGAUGCUUAUCGAAAGAACAAUUUUCAAAUGAGGGUCGUACUAUUGUGGACAGUUAGUGACUUCCCAGCUUAUGCAAUGUUAUCUGGUUGGAGCUCGCAUGGGAAGUUAGCUUGUCCGUAUUGUUCACAUAAAUCAGGAUCAUUUUGGCUUUCAGAAGGGAGGAAACCGUGUUGGUUUGACUGUCACAGAAAACAUUUACCCAAUAGACACAAGUUCACCAAAGAGCCCAGUUAG